GUGCAACUCUGGAACAAUAUGUGUGGCGAGAAGGGAUUUUCUGCCCUUCCAACUAAUAAAUGACUGUUAAAAGUUUGCAAUUUAAAAAAAGUUACAGAUUAAGUUAUUCUAGACUUUGCUUUAAGAAACCAAUACCAGAUUGCGGGAUUAUUGGCUGUGUGACCAACAUUGGUCGGUGAUGAAUAAGUGAAAUCUACCCAAGACUGUCAAAUACAAAGUCAGGAAUGGAAGACUUAUCUGACAAAGACCGUUUGAAAAUGGAGAUAGAGCAACUCAAGAAAGAACUACCUUUACAGAGGAUGCUGGUAUCCGAGUGUGCAGAGGAACUGAAGGACUACAUUGAAUCACAGUCUGCAGAAGAUCCUUUGGUAAAGGGAAUCCCCGAGGACAGGAAUCCCUUCAAGGAGAAAGGAGGCUGUGUGGUCACAUAACAUGGAAGAGUUAUCAGGAUACUUCCACAACCUAAUGACCAAAGUACAAUGAAAUCUGCCGGAUGCUAAAGCUGGAAGAUUGUCCAAUAGACUUGUUAUCUCUGUUGGCAUGGUAUCGUUAUACAUGUUAAAUCUAAGCAAAAGAUACAAAGUGGGUUGGGCAUUGAAGGCGAAGAAUAUCUGUGGGAAGGGGAGGGAAUAGGAUCAGUAGAACUAAAAGGAGUAUGGGAAUAGGAAGGGUCUGUUCCUGUACUAUACUUCUCUAUCACAGACAGGGAGGGAUCUUGGUGCAAUGCGAUGGGAGGAUCAUAGGGGGGGGGCAAAGGGUGGGAGGGGGGGGGGGGGGGUUGAGGGUAUUUAUGGAGAAUUGCAGGCAAAAGGAACCAUGGGUAGAGGGAGCAUUGUGGGAGAGCAUCAGAAAUUGGUGAGGGAAAAGAAAUGUGCAGCUUGGCUGAGAUCCCAUUAUUGUGAUGAUCAUGGUGGGAUUUGAUUUUUUGGGGGGGAUCAACUGUUGGGGUGGGUGAAUGGGGCAUCCCACUUUGUCUCUCCUUUGUUUUAGUUUAGCUUAGAGAUCAGCGCGGAAACAGGCCCUUUGGCACACCGAGUCCGCGCCGACCAGUGUUUCCCGCACAAUAAC